AUGUCGAAACGCACCGUAUUCACCACCAUCACGCCCCUGCCGCCAGGCAUCGGGCGCGAGACGGUCAUGGAAACCCUCCACUCGCACGUCGAGAUGAUAGACCUGAACCCGCUCGUCAUCGAGCGCCAUGUGCGCACGCCGCCCGCCGACGCAACGCCCGAAGAAGCCGGCUGUAUCUGGUACAGUCUCACGGACCGCGUCUCGUACAUGCCCGGCGUCCGCGGCAAGGUCACGUACGACGCCUGCUUCCACGACCUGGCCGACGGCGUGCAGACGCACGUCUUCGCGCCCCUCGGCCUCGACAUCAAGGAGAAAUGGUCCAUCGGCGGCAGCCUGCCGGGCGAGUCGGCCGCGCCCGUCGAGCUCGGUCUCGACAUCCCGCGCGAGGGCCUCUACCUCCGCGAGGACUGCGACAUGCGCUGCAACGUGCUGAUGACCAAGUUCGUCAAGGGCACGCUGAAGCGCGCCCACGCCGUCCUGGUCGACCGUCUCGUCUUCAAGGCC